AUGCUCGCGCUGUCUACUGCAAAUGGUAGAACACUUAGCGAGUGCUUCUUUUUGUACUGGAACAUGAAGCGACAAAUUUUUUUGGAAGGCUCCACAAUGUCACGACUAUUUGGCGAUCAGGUUACCAUACAAACUCGCAAUAUCGAGAAAGUGUUGUCGGAUUGCUUUCCCACUGAGACAUUCCAGAAGUGUAACCGACGACUCACUGUGCCUGCUUUGGAUAUAUCCAUGGCUCCAGCUCGUUUACAUAUUUUCAGGUAAUA